AUGUCCCAAGCACGUAAAGGUGAUCACUCAAGUCAUUUAUCUUCACCUGAGCACAUCGAAAUUCUUAAUUUCAAAGCUAACGUCAAAGGACGUGUAACUACCGAAGCCACACCAAUUGCUCGUAUUUUUGACGAAGAAUUAGCUAAAGCUCAAUUAAGUCAAACUGCUCUUUGUAUUGUUCCAUCAGCACAAGAUGCAAGUUUUCCAUGUGUCUUCGUUCUUCUCACGGGCCGUUCCAAUACCAUGUACAAAGACGUGUUUAAACAGCUUGAAGAAGAAGCUAAACGUCUUCAAAUGAAUUUUUUACCAGAUCAGAUAACAACUGAUUUUGAAAAAGCACUUGUGAAACCAUUGCAAACACAGGUAUGA